CGCAGUUCAUCAGUAAUAAGAGAGCCAGAGAGCGCUGAGGAGCAUCGGCAGAGGAGAUUCAGCAGAGAGUGAGCGAGAGAAAGAGAGUGGAGAGCAGUCAGCAGCAGCAGCGAUGCAAAAAGUCAGCAGCACAAAGCUCCAGUUGAAAAACGAUAAACGUCGGGAUAACGAAUCUUUAUUUGAGGAACUCAAGCCAUCACUUAUUGGCUCCAUCGGAUCGCGCAGAUUGAGUGUAAACAUCGAAAAAUUGUACGAUUCAAUGAAUUCGUGAUUAUCGUUCGAGAACGAAAAUAAAUAGAAAAAUUAAAUAAAGUAAAAACAGUGACGAAUAAGCAGGGGGUAAAGAGAAAGAGCGAGAAAAAAGUGUUUUCUGGAUGCGCGUUUGGUUGUGCGCGUUGCUGUUAAAUUCACAUACGCAUAUAAUAUUCCCUCUCGCUCUUCGAGAGUGAGGGAGGGAGAGGGAGAGAGAGAGAGAGAGAAAGACCCUGUGAGUUUAGCAGGCAAGACAGGGCAAAACUAGACUUUAAAGAGUAGUGAGGGUGGAGAAGGAGGGAGAGGAGUGUGGAGGGGUGGGGGAAGUGAGUGAGAGAGAAAGAAGGGCAGUGCGGAUGACAAUGAUGGCCGCCACCAGCGAGGAACGGAGUGUUAUGGAGACUUCGAGAACAAAUUCGGAACAAAAUCAGCCUGUCGAUCGUCUCAAGAUGUUAUAUCCAAUGGUAAACGAAGAGGAAACACCCUUACCAAGAUCGUGGAGCCCUAAGGACAAGUACAACUAUAUAGGACUUUCCCUAAAUAAUCUUCGAGUUAAUUACAAAGGUUAUGGAAAGACACACAAAGACGCUGCCAGUGUUCGCACAACGCACUCCAUACCGGCCGCAUGUGGCCUCUAUUAUUUCGAGGUGAAAAUAGUGAGCAAAGGACGGGACGGUUACAUGGGGAUCGGGCUCUCGGCUCACGGUGUAAACGUCAACAGACUUCCAGGAUGGGACAAACAUUCUUACGGCUAUCACGGUGACGAUGGCCACAGCUUUUGCUCAUCCGGCACAGGACAACCCUACGGACCGACGUUCACGACCGGUGAUGUUAUCGGAUGCGGUGUUAAUCUCGUUGAUAACACCGCAUUUUACACGAAGAACGGUCAUCAUCUCGGUAUUGCCUUCACAGAUUUACCGCCAAAUCUGUAUCCGACCGUGGGUCUCCAAACACCCGGUGAGAUGGUCGAUGCCAAUUUUGGUCAGGCGCCAUUCGUUUUUGACAUCGGUGACAUGAUAAACGAGUUGCGAGUACGAACGAGAUUGCAGAUAAUAAAUUAUCCAACACCUGAUCACGGGCAGGGACAGUGGCAAGCUGUACUUCACAAAAUGGUCUCGACGUAUCUCGUCCAUCACGGCUACUGCGCCACUGCCGAAGCUUUCGCCAGCAGUACCGGACAAACCUUCGAUGAAGAUCUUAACUCCAUUAAAAAUAGACAAAGAAUUUUAAAACUCGUGCUCGCCGGGCGAAUGGGCGAAGCGAUAGAAUUAACGAGUCGAUUAUAUCCGGGUCUUCUCGAACGUGAUUCAAAUUUGAUGUUCGCCCUUAAAUGUCGUCAAUUCGUCGAGAUGGUUAACGGCAGUGAUUCCGAAGUUUGCCAAAGUACGAAUGAUAAUCAAACGAGCGUUAUACAAUCCACCAAGACGUACACGAAAGCAUCCUCGAACGGUAACGUCGAAGAAAUGAAUUUCAACAACACGAUCAACGGAGCUGCGAGCGUCGAUCAACAAUUUAUCAAUGGUCAAAUCGAGGAGGACGUCGAUAUGGAAGACACUACGAACGCGACGAUUAACGGUGUCAAUAAAAAUAACACCAAUGGUUAUCAGAACGGUAAUCCAAGCUCAAAUGGUUUCAAAUGUCAAAAUGGCGAGGAUGUUGAUAUGGAAAUCGACAGUGCCAAUCAACAACAAAACGGUAAUUGCAGCGUAAGCAACGAAACGCCGAGUGGUAAAUGUAGCAAAAAACAAUUAUGCGGUGGCAACAAACAGGCGAUCGAAAAGAUGCUCGAGUUUGGAAGACAAUUGUAUUCACAAUCGAUACACUUACGACAGCAACACGGAAAGAACGAGGCAAACAAAAAAAUGCUUCAAGACGCCUUUAGUUUACUCGCUUAUUCGAGUCCGUGGAAUUCACCUGUCGGAUGGCAGUUAGACCCUCAACAAAGAGAAACCGUUUGCGGAAGACUCAAUUCCGCAAUACUUGAAUCGAGCAAUCUUCCUCGUAGACCACCACUCGAAGUAGCGGUAUCGCACGCACGAGAAUUGGUCCGUUUAAUGUCGAGCGCCGGUCUCGGCGCAUGUGGUUUUGCCGUAGUGGACAAUAUUAUUCAAUAUUGACGGUGCCUAUCUCUGCUGCCACGAGCGCCCCUUCUACCUGCCCGAGUGUGGUGAGUGCUCUCGUAUUUAUCCCGGGGAAAGUGCCUGACAAUCUCGAUGGACUCGACCAGCAACGAAUUUAUUCUCGAUGCCACUUUGAAAUAAAAACAAGCAUAAACGGAAACGAAAUUCUCAUAAUAAAACAAUCGCUGUCAAACGGCGUAGCAAUAAGAAGCUAAAAUUAAAAAGAAAACACUUCUGGUUAAAUCACGGAUCUCGCAAUUCAUAGCCGUACGAGCGAAUUUUUAGCGUUUUCAGUUUUCAUUUUGAGCCUGAAAAGAAAAAAAAACGAAUUCUCUGGUUCAAUCGGAUGUAAAAAUUGUGAAAGAAAAAUGUCUUUUCAAUCGGGAAUUGUGAAGAGAGAAACCAUUUUUUUUUUUUUUCAAUUAAGAUGGUUCGAGUAAAAACCAGCAUUUUCGAUGGAACAAAAUUUCGUUAAAAUUCAAUUUUCGGUCCCAUCGAUCGAAAAUUUUCAACUUUCGUUCUAAACGCUCAUCGCUUUUUCUGUCUCCCCCAAUGAGAAUCGCUGAGCGAGUGUUUCAUUCGUAAUAAGAAUUAUAAAAACAAUAAAAAAAUUAAAAUGAGUCCAAUAAUAAUAGGUUAAUGAGGGAGGACAUAAACGAAAAUUUUUCAAUGGGAGGAUCUUUUAGGAUACGGAGACGGAACGUGGAGCAGACGAUACAGUUGAGCCAGCAACGUCGCGAUGUAGACUCCAUCUUCAGCUAGUGGAAAAAAACAAACAAACAAAAAAUCAAAAAAACGUAAUGCGAGAAUACGAGAAACAUAAAACGAAAAAACUUUGAAACACGAUAUUUUGUCGGUGAUUUUACUCGGACCGAUCUCACACCACAAAGAAUAAGAAAAAAAGCAAAAAAAAUGUAAGCUACACACGACACAACGGGUAAAAAACGCUCAGGCCUGCCAGUCACAAGAUCGAGAAAAGAAAAGAAAGUGCAAAAAACAGAAAAAGAACCAAACGAGGACGAUCGGCGAGAUUUUUUUCUUUCUUUCAAUCCUGCUGGAUGAACAUGAACACUCUUGGAGGUCACGAUUUGGUCGCGGGCUUGCGGUUAACGUUGUUCCCUUAUUUCUCCUCAAUCUCAAACCUCCUUUUGAUCCUACGAUAUUCUAUUUUUUUUUCUUUUCUUUCAAUCUCCAGUUUUGACUCUUUCAAGUCUUCAAUUUUUCGUAUCCCUUUGUAAUAGCUCCAUGAUCGUUUCUCGGUUAGAUGUACAACGAGAUACACAUGCCACUCUGUUGAUUCGUCUAAAAAUCGGUAUUUUUAAAGGAAAACAGAAUUCUUAAAGGCAACAAAAAUCCCAUCUUCGUCAAAUUUUUUUAAAACGAAUUCGUCAAUAGAAAAAGCUUCAAAAUGAUUAUUUCGUGUCUACUUUUCAAAGUUCGAUUUUAUACUUUGCAUACUCGGUUUAAAGAUUGCGAGAGUGGAAACAAAAUUCAGUCCCUUUUCCUAAAUCCUCAAAGAUCCAUAAAUCCUUUAUCCGCGAUAUUCUCGUUUUCGGAGUUGUGCAAUAAUACUCACGAAUUGAAUCAAUAUUUCACUGAAUCCGAUGCAUCGAAAAGAAUUAGUCCAACUAUAUCAAAUAGGAAACAGGAUAAAAAACUGAUUUUUCACCCGAGCGAUGAAAAAUCUCGUGCGUAGAAAAAAGAAAUGAAAGAAAAAACCGGUCACGUUCAUUUUCGGGAUCCUGGAGGAGAUCCUCCUGAUCGAAAUUUUUCGGGCGUACCUCGGGGGAGGAGGAACGCGAGAACACGUUUCAACGGAAAACAUACGCGAAAUAAAAAUAAAAGAAAGUGGAAAACACAGAAUAAUAAUGUGAAAAGAAACGGAUGGACAGCAAGGAACGGACGAGGUCUAUAUAUAAGUAAUUAUGAGAAAGAGAGAGAGUUAGAGGAAGAAAAAGCAAAACAAGAAGAAUAAGAGGAAAAGAAUAAAGGAGGAUAAAAGAAAAAGAUAAAACGAGAACUUAACUAAAGACGAUCUUGUACUCUACAACUAAGUAAUUGUUUUUUAUAUGCGACAUAGUAUAUUAUUAUAUUAUAUAUUAUUAAAAAAUAAAUGAACAAAAAAAUGGAAGAAGUCGAUGCGAAGGAGAAGAGUGAAGGAAAGAAAAUAAUGAGAAGGAGAUAAAAGAUGAGAAAAUCGUAUGCAGAUAGACCGUAAGCGUGCGUUUAAAUACAAUAAUUUACUAUAUAUACAAAUCAUAUUAAAAAAGAUUAAAAACAAAAAAAAAGGAAAAAAAAGAAGAACGGAAAAGAUGAAAAAAAAUGACACGAUAAAUGAAAAACCACAGGAAAUUCAAUAGGUGUAACUCGAAACGAUGAAAAAACAACCAACAAACAAAUAACUUUUAGUGUUAUGUUUUAUGUACUAUAGAUAGUUGCUACGAUAAUGAUAUGAGCGAAUACAGCAAUGAUUUGGACGAGA